GAGUUGAACCUUGGUCGUCUUAGUUUGCAGGCUUUGUUUAUUUAUUUAUUUAUUUAUUACAUAGUUUUGGUUAGGCCGUCCUUGCAGGGAGCUGAAAACCUGGAAUGUAAACUCGGGUGACUGAUGGAUCCUCUGGGAUGCACCUGUUCAGGUUGGUAUAUUCCAGAUCCUUCCAUAAAGCCAGGCAGUCCCAACCGUGAUGACGUCACAGUUCACCACAUCAUUGGAGGGUUCCCUCUAAGCUAGGGGGUGGCCAGUGAAUUAAUUUAUGAGGAGGUUGGCAGCCCCCACCCCCAUCACGCGCCCGUGCAGCACAGUCUGCGCAGCUGCUGACGAAUGGGGGAUCCCACGUGAACCCACCCACCCCAGCACCACCAUUCCCGCAGGUGAAGGACUAAACCGAUGAACUUGAGUGUAGAGGAUCGUAUUAUCUCUGCGUAAGAUCUGAUAUUUGCCGUUUACAGGGCAUGCAAGGUCUUGCAUUUUGCUUGUUCGUGACAGUCUAUGGUCGGGAGUGAAAAGGAAAACGUACAUUGUGUGCUUUUCAUCAGCAGCCCGACUGAGGUGCGAUGGCGCGGGCCGCCAACAGGGGGCGCGGGGCUCAUCCUUUAAGACACCGCCAGGAGUGCGCAGGCGCAGGGAUUUGAAGAGAAUACGCCAUAUUGAAUUCCCGCAGGAACGACUAGCACUGCCACAGCUAGCGGUUUGUAGGGGCCGCCGUAUCGAUGCUGCUACAGCGGGCAGUCGUGACUUUCCUCGCUUCUUUUAACGCCGCGUGCGUGGCGUCCAUUUAAAGGUCCGGUAAGGAAUAACGACGGGAACGCGAGAGUUAGAUAUUUGUCUGGGGAGGGGGGUUACCGGAAAGACUAGUUGAAUGGAUCCGAGGGUGGCUUGGAUUCAGCCCGAACAGAAAGGACCCGCGAACACCUUAUGGAUGUACGUCUGGGAGACCUCUCAGGGAGGCCGGGCCGUGCAGUUCCACAACCAGAACCACAACCAGUGCGCGAACCACGCUGCGGAAAAGAACGGGGCGCCGGGCAAGAGCAACUGCAGCGGCGACGGGGCCGUUACAGCCGGCCGGAGCGGCGGCCAUCACGGCUCCACCGCCGCGGCGUCCAGCGGGAACUCCUCCACACACACCUCCGGUCUAGGUGAGGGGAACAUUGUGCUCCAGAAGACGGGAUCCGCCUCCUCCUCGUCCUCCCAGGAAUCCGGGACGGAUGUCUUCGCCUCCUUACUCGAGAGGACUAUUAGUGCAAAUGUGUCUGGAAACUUGAAUAAAAACGUCGUCCUCGGUUUAAAUGACGGCGUGGAGAAUAACGGUAACCUGUACCACCACCACCAUCAUCCACAGGAGCACCAAACUUUACAUUCACAGCAAGUCUGCGCCAGGCGGCUCCAGGGUCCCCCCAAUGGAGCCGCUAACCCCACACACAGCCACCACCCAGGCCGCAGGAAAAGCGACAACAAGGCCAGCACCUACGGCAUGAAUUACCUGCUGUCCAUCUGCACGCACGGGAAUUACGCCAACUCCAUGACCCCGUGGAAGACGAUGAAGUACAGCGCCGGAGUCCGCGGAUUACAUGAAGAGGUGAUGGACUUCUACCAGUACAUGUCUCCGCGGUCAGAGGAGGCCGCCAUGAGGAAGGAGGUGGUGAAGCGGAUAGAAACCAUCAUCAAGGAGCAGUGGCCUUCUGCAGACGUCCAAAUUUUUGGCAGCUUCAGCACCGGGCUGUACCUCCCAACAAGCGACAUAGAUCUGGUUGUGUUUGGGAAGUGGGAGCGACCCCCGUUACAGGAGCUGGAGCAAGCUCUCCGGAAACACAACGUGGCAGAACCGUUCUCCAUCAAGGUUCUAGACAAGGCCACAGUGCCAAUCAUCAAGCUGACGGACCAGGAGACGGAGGUGAAGGUUGACAUCAGCUUCAACGUGGAGACCGGAGUCAAGGCAGCCAGCUUCAUUAAAGACUAUGUGAAGAAGUACCCGGUCCUGCCGUACCUCAUCUUUGUCCUGAAGCAGUUCCUGCUUCAAAGGGACCUGAAUGAGGUCUUCACCGGGGGCAUCAGCUCAUACAGCCUCAUCCUCAUGGUCAUCAGCUUCCUGCAGCUCCACCCUCGUAUAAACGCCAGGAACCCCAAUGAGAACCUGGGCAUGCUGCUGAUCGAGUUCUUUGAAUUGUACGGCCGCCAUUUCAACUACUUGAAGACGGGGAUCCGGAUCAGAAAUGGGGGGGCGUACGUGGCCAAAGAGGAGAUGAUGAAGGCCAUGACCAACGGAUACAGACCAUCCAUGCUCUGUAUAGAGGAUCCUCUGCUUCCAGGCAACGAUGUUGGGAGGGGCUCCUAUGGCGCCAUGCAAGUCAAGCAGGUGUUCGACUAUGCGUACGCCAUCCUGAGUCACGCCGUGUCUCCGCUCGCUCGCUCCUAUCCCAACAAAGACUGUGAAAGCACGCUGGGGAGGAUCAUCAGGCUGACCCAGGAGGUCGUUGACUACAGGGAGUGGAUCAUUAAGAAGUGGGGGGGCAAAGAUUCUGUGCAGACAGACAACAGAGUGUCGUCUCCUAAAGAAGCCGUCUCAGAGGAGUCCGGCGUUCUCAGCGGGGGUGUUGCGGCUUCAGAAGAACAGCAGAGGGACUCUGCAUCCCCGUACAGCGCCGACUCCCCCAUGUCCAUCUCCAGCCCCCAGCAGCACUCCUCGGCCUCCUCCGUGUCCUCGCUGUCGGGAUCGGACAACGACUCAGAUUCAGCAUUGCCAUGCCCCAUCCCUCAACCAACGGUGCCAACGUACCCAUCUUUCCCCCCCACGGGCUUAGCCCUGCCAGCAUGCAUCAACAUGGGGAGUGGAAAGCACUGCCUGGGAGGACACCAUCUGCUCCUUCCUGCAGGUUCUCAGACUCGCGUCUCACUGCCCGCCGGUCUCACAGUGCACUCCAUGCCUGGCAGACAGGUGUGUAUGCACACUGGACUCCCCCACUUCUUCCACAUGCCCCCCCCAGCCCCUGUCCCCUCCAGCCCCCAGCCUUCGCCCAGCCCCCACUCCAGCCACACCCAAAAGAACGGAGCCAAGUUCAACGUCAAAGGCUUCCACAACCCGUCGCUGCUCAACGGCGCCGCAGCGGCCAACCGCGGACACACGCAGUAUCACCGUAACUCCUGGCGACGCAGGAAGAGAGACAGCCUGCCAGUGAGCCUGAGCAGAUAGACCCCCCAGCAGAGUUCUGUGGGCCGGAGGGUCACCUCCAGGACGUGGGGGCUCCUCAUGACGUCACCUCCAGUAUUGUCUUCCUCGUCAGUGUUUGCUGGGGGGUGGCCCCGCCCACGUCACUUAAGCUGCUCUGCAGCUGUCGGUGGUGCCGUGUCACCUCUCUGUUUUUAUACCACGACUUUUUCUUUUGUGCAAUAUAUUUUUGGGUUUUUUUGGGGGAAAUUAUUUAAGUUUGUGUAUAAAUAAACAUUUUAUACAGUUAUUUUAUUUUUGUAACGGUUAAGUUUGCUAGCGGGACCUCAUGUUCAUCACUGUUUUUUUUUUGUCAUUAGGAUGCUGUGGACCCCAGUUUAAACACCCCCCCUCCCCUCCCCCACCUGUAUGAAUGUGACUCUACUGGUGAGGUGAGACGAUUGGGGAAAAAACAAAAAAAAAAGCUAAAAAAAAAAAAAGAAAAGGGAAGGUUUUUACUUUAAAAAAAAAUCUCAAUAUUUCGGUUUCCGUUUAGUCCUUCGGCCCGGUUAGCCUUUAGCAUUUUAGUGGGAAACAGGGCUGCACCCCCCGGCAUUCUGUGGAAGAAAAUGAGGAAGAAGGUCCAUUCUGGGCCGAAAAGUGAUGAGGAACAUUUCUGAAUAUUUCUGGAUAAAAUAUCACUCAGUUUUGAUGCUUUUGGAGAGUGAAGGUCAACAAUCUGGGGUGGUUAGUUGCCGUGGAAACGGGAGGGGGGGGUUCUUCCGAGGACCCUUGUGACGAGGAAUUUGAUUUUGAUUCCGUUCAGGAAUCUUGUGUAUAGUUGAUUGCCAGGUACUUCCUGUAAAUAUUUGCUUCGUUGGUGUCGACUCGUGUGUGAGGGACACGGUGACACGGUCCGUGAGCGUACACGAACCCGUCCGCGCCGGGACCCCCCACCCCCAGAACACACGCCGGCAUUAUUACUAUGCAAGUGGAUUACUCUGUGUGAAGACUUCCCACUUGGGGACUGGUUUUGGCAAACCGCUCUUCGAACUCGACUAUCAAGACUCGAGCCAAAACUGUAACCCCUCCCCCCACCUCCUUUGUAAGUGUUUAUGACCCCUCCCCCACCCCCAGAUAAGUUUUAAAGUCUAUUUUUUUACUGUGGGUGGGAUGUUUCAGUGUAAUGUGUGACAGUGGUGAAACUGUGAGAAAUUACUGUUGGUUUUUAAUGGCAGCGUGGGGGAGGGGCAUGCGGGGCGCGACUUGCACUCUGUUGGGGCUCAGACUCUGUCUGCGCUCAUCAAUCAUUCACCUGAUGUUUUGGAUUGGAGUGGCCUCUUUUACCGUCAUGUCGGACGUUUCUGAACCUCCAGUUUGCUAGCAGACAAUUAUGACACCCCACCCGCCAACCACCGUAGAACAGUAAUGAAUUGGCUCCAAUGCAUAAAUUACUCAUAAAUGUGUCGAUGUGAUCAAAAUAAAACGGUUUGGAUGUGGAAGCUCAGACUUCCCACCAUGAGGAGUUUCAUAUGAAAUCGGUGAAGGAAGGUGGUUUGUGGGUCAAAUCUGUCAAAGCAGUCUAAGGAUAAUCUGUGCAUCUCAGCGGGCCUCUGGAGACCUCUCCAAGUCUUUCCAAGCUCUUCCUGUUACCGUAGAGGGAAGGAGAAGCAUGAGGCCUCACGGACUGCUGAGAUUAUGCUUUUGCUAAUAUACGAUGUGUAAGAACAUUGAAAGAUUUUAAGUCUUCUUUUGGCUCCUUCACGUGAGUGGUGGCCCCUCGAAACGGCCUGAAGGAACCACUGCCUGGCUUUUGUUUUUGGACAUUUUUAUGUAAAUAUUUUUUUGUAUCUUCCUUUUUUAAUAAAUGUUUUAAAACCGCUG